UUAGUACAAGUAAAAUAAUGUUUCUCAUGAAAGUUGGAGGUGUCAAGGUAGAGACAUGCCUUUUAUGGCGUAAAAAAAACUUCCAUGUUACAGAAUACUGUAAAAACACAAUAUGCAUGUGUUCUCCUGAAUUGCAUAACAUACUGUAACUAUCAUACGCGUACUAAAUGUACACAAACUAAACAGGAUGCGCACUGAUACUGGCUUUCUGUAUGUGCAGUGCCAAUUGUAUUCUUCUCUCUGAUUGGUCAGAUUAUCAAUAGAUGGGAAACUUGGGCCAAUCAGAAUAAAGAAUAAAGAAAGGGAUUUAGCUCCUUUUGGUUGAAAUCUGAAAUGGAAAUAGCGCCUUUUGGUUGAAAGCAUAAAUUUCAUAUCACUUUUUUUCAUAUUUUUUAAAAUGAUUUCAAGACCAAAAUAUGUGAUUUGGAUACACAUGACAGAGGUCUAUUAAACUCAUGAAAAACAUGCAACUUAGUGAAAAUUGGAUUUAGCGCCUUUUGGUUGCAAGCUCUUCAUUUGGAGUAUUGCACAGUAAUAACUCCAAAGCAGGCUUUUUGCAGGGAAGAGGGAGUGGCAGGAAAGGAAGGCAGGCUGAGAAGGAGGAGGAGGAGGAGGAGUGAGUCAGUCAGUUUGUGUCCAGUGUGCAAUAGCAUGAGAAACCUGAGUUGGUCGGGCUAGAUUUCUCAGUGGACACUCCUAGGAUUCAAACGCUCCCUUAACAAAGCACCAUCUUCUUUCAAACUGGCCACAAUGCAUCCUAACCCUCAAGGACACAUGACCUUCACAGGACCACAUCAGGAUGUGUGACUCAUCCCCUGUAGACCUGCACUUCUGUAAAUUUCCAUUGGCAUGAUUGAGGGGCAACACAUGGAGUCUCAAGAUCAAUCUAUUCGGGAUGACCCUGAUAUCAGAGUGAUGACAGCAGGAUCUACCCUGAGGAAAGUUAAGUCCCGAACAUGGAAGAAGCAGCGACAUUUCCGACUCUUGGAUGACGGUCUGAGUAUUUGGUACAAGUCUCGAUGGGUAGGGAAAGGCCACUCCACUUUCUCAGCGAGUGAGAUAGAGGCGGUGCGUGAGGGCCACCAGUCGGAGGUCUUGCUGAGCAUCGCUGAGGAGUUCUCUGCUGACCUAUGUUUUACCUUGGUGUUUCACGGUCGCCAAGGCAACCUAGACCUUGUGGCUGAGUCCCCAGAAGAGGCACAGGCCUGGAUCCGGGGUUUGCGCAAGCUCAUUAACAAGGCUCAAACUAUGGAUGAGAAACAGAGGCUUGAUCAGUGGGUCCGUGACUGGUUUCACAAGGCUGACAAAAACAAAGAUGGAAAGAUGAACUUCAAAGAAGUGCGGACACUGUUGAAGAUGAUGAACGUAGACAUGAAUGAGGAGCAUGCUUUCCAUCUCUUCACGAUGGCUGACCAAUCAGAAAGUGGCUUUUUGGAAUCCGAGCAGUUUGUCCUCUUCUAUAAGAUGCUGACUCAGAGGGAUGAAGUGUGGAGGGUGUUCCAGGACUACUCUGGAGAUGGAGAAAAAUUAAUAUUGGAGGAGCUGGAGAGCUUCCUGAAGGUGGAGCAGCACGAGGGAUAUGGCAGCGCCCAACAUGCUCGAGAACUGAUCGACUGCUAUGAACCGUCUGAAACAGCCAAGAAGCAAGGCACCAUGUCCCUAGAAGGCUUCCAGAUGUACCUUUGCUCCCAGGAGGGCUCCAUAUUCAGACCAGAGUAUGUGGGCCUCUACCAGGACAUGAGCCAGCCGCUUAGCCACUACUUCAUCUCCUCCUCACAUAAUACCUACCUGCUGGAGGACCAGCUGCGGGGCCAUAGCAGUCUGGAAGCAUACAUCCAGGCCCUGAAGCGAGGCUGUCGUUGUGUGGAGGUGGACUGUUGGGAUGGCAGCGAUGGGGAGCCAGUGGUAUAUCACGGUCACACGCUGACAUCCAAGAUCUUCUUCAAAGACAUCAUUGCAACACUCAAAGAAUAUGCAUUCAUGACAUCAGACCUUCCAGUCAUCUUGUCCGUUGAGAACCAUUGUGGUGUGGAACAACAGACAAUAAUGGCCAGGCACCUUCGCCAAAUCUUAGGUGACACACUCUUGAAGAACAUUUUGGAUGGCCAGGAACCUCAGUAUCUCCCUUCUCCACAGGAACUGAAAGGAAAGAUUUUGUUAAAAGCCAAGAAAAUCGGAGGUCCAGAGGGGUCCCUUGAAACUCUGGCAGAUAUUAGUGAUGAAGAGGAUAUGACCAGCAGCGGCGCUGAGAAACGAUCUGUCGAAGACCUACCUGGACCUGAGUAUCUGAACCACCACGAGAAGGCCAUCGCUCGGAAGUCCGAGUCCAACCUGUCAAGGGAGUUGUCCGAUUUGGUGGUUUACUGCAAGAGUGUCCAUUUCCGUGGUUUUAAAUGUGCUCCCCUGAAUAUGAAGAGCAAUGAGAUGUCUUCAUUCUCCGAGUCCAAGGCCAAGAGGCUUGCAAAGGAAACAGGAACAGACUUUGUGCAGCAUAAUUCAGUGCAGCUCAGCAGGAUUUACCCUAGUGGCCUCAGGACUGACUCCUCUAACUAUAAUCCUCAGGAGAUGUGGAACGUGGGAUGCCAAAUAGUGGCACUGAACUUCCAGACAGCAGGUUUGGAAAUGGACCUGAACGAUGGGCUUUUUAGACAGAAUGGCCGCUGUGGUUACGUACUCAAGCCUCGCUUCAUGAGAGACAUUAACACAAAGUUCAACCCAGAGAAACCAGAGGAACAGCCAGGCUACAAACCUUUACGCUUAUCCAUCCAGGUGAUCAGUGGGCAGCAACUGCCAAAGGUGAACCAGAAAGAGGGCUCCAUUGUAGAUCCAUUGGUCAGAGUGGAGAUCUAUGGAGUGCCACAGGACCAGGCUAAAGACGAGACCAGUCACAUCAACAACAAUGGUUUUAACCCUGUGUGGAAUCAAUCUUUGAAUUUUGUCAUCCAUACUCCUGAUCUUGCUUUGGUUCGCUUUGUAGUAGAAGAUUAUGACAAGACGUCCAAAAAUGACUUCAUUGGACAGUACACGCUCCCAUUUACAUGUAUCCAAUCAGGAUAUCGUCACAUCCAUCUGCUUUCAAAAGAUGGAACAACCAUCCCUCCCUCUUCAUUGUUUGUUAAUAUCAGUAUCUCGGACCUCACAUGAAGAACUUUAGUAUGCAUGUUGUUACCACUCUCAUGUCUCCAUGAAAGUGGAGAGACCACGUGUAUUCAUCUGACCCAGGGAAAGCUGUGCUUUGGGAUGUCAUAAACGGAAUCCAUCUACCCAUCCACAUUGAACAGUUUAUCCUGUUCGCUGAGACUGCAGUUUAUCCACACUGACUUUGGGCAAAAGGCCAACUCCGCCCUGAACUGGUCGCCAGUCACUCAUAGACCACACAAUAACAGGCAACCAUUCAUACGUCACUGAAUGGGGACUUAAUGCUUGUUGCCUGCACACAACGUCAGUCCGAAUGUUGCUUAAGGCAGUGAUUCCCAACUGGCAUAUUUAGCGUGCCAUGGGAAAUGAUCGAAUUUCACUCAAUUGGUCCAAAAAGUGUUAAUAAUUUACUACAAAUCUACAAUCUUCAUUCAUCUAUCCCAGCUUGAAAAGUGACAGGCAGAGCAAUUACUCCACCACAUGGCAGAAGGUACAUCAUUGACCUGUGUAUCCAGCUAGUGACUUUCAUACAUUUUUGUUUGGUUUUAUAGUUUUAUAAUGGAAAACGUGCCUUGGUUGAAAAAGUUGGGAAACACUGCCCUAUGGAAUUUUAUAUUUGAUGUUAAAACAGAAAGAGAACAAUA